AUGACAACAAGGCUAAUCAUAUUGCCAACAAUUUUCACUGCUGCUUCAAUCGCUCUUUGGAUUCUUAUUUGUUCUGCACCUACUUGUCCCUCUUGGCGAAUGCCUAACGACUUUGAAAAUUUCACGGCAAUGGCUCAAUCAUUUCGCAUGUAUAAAGAUCAACAUUUCACGUACAUUACGUCUUUAUUCAUUUUCGCUUACAUUUAUAAACAAACAUUUGCUAUUCCUGGAUCGUUUUUCCUGAAUUUAAUAGCUGGAGCACUAUUUGAUGUUUGGUUUGGUUUAGUUUUUGUAUGUACCUUAACAACAAUUGGAUCAACGUUAUGCUAUUUUUUUUCUGAAUAUUUUGCACGUGAAUAUGUAUUUUAUUAUAUGGGUCAGCGUAUCGCUUAUUUACAACAAAAGGUAGAGGGUAAUUCUCAUAGACUGUUAGCAUUUUUAUUGUUUGCUCGUUUAAUUCCAAUUUCUCCAAGUUGGCUGCUCAAUAUUGUCGCACCGUUUCUUAACAUUCCCGUUGUUAUCUUUGCUAUUUCAACUUUUAUUGGCUUAGCACCAUAUAAUUAUAUAUGCGUUCAAGCAGGCCAUAUUCUAUCAAAAAUGCACAGUUGGAAUGAUAUUUUUAACACGACAACAUUACUGAAACUUUCGCUACUUGCGAUAAUCCCACUUUUUUAUGCUUUUUACAUAAAGCCAAGGCAUGAGCAAAACUUGAUCAGUAUAAGUGAUAAAAUUCCAAUGAAUUGA